AUGACGGCGUUCUUCCCUGCUGUGCACACCGUGGAUGCUUCUGUUGACUGGCUCUUACAGAACGAAGUCAUUCCUCAUGCGCGGCUUUUCCGCCACAUAGAUAGGGAGUGGGAACUUGAGGUGUGCAACCCGAAGGUCGACACCAUCAUCGACUUCCCCACUCUGCAGGCCAUUUCCAGGGAGGUCUACAGUGAGGGAUACUGCGCUGACAUGGAGAACCGGUGCAGAUGCGUCCAGACGUUGUUCGACAUUGGUAAUGCUAUGGCUGCCGACGGACGGAUUGUGAACUUCCCAUCACUGAGUGCGAACCUGGGGAAUGUGAAUUCUUUCAUGGCGUUCUUUUUCAGCUUUCAGUAUGGGUACAAUGUGUCGAACGAGGUGCACCGGAAGAUGGGAAGCGAGGGUCAGCCGCUGAUGCAGCAAAUGCUGGCAAAUGCGCAGCUGCACAUGCAGGGUAAGUCCGCUUACAAGCUUUACCACUACAGCGCCCACGACACAACACUCGGUCCGGUGGCUGCGACUCUUGGUGACUUGACGCCCCUCGGUAUACUUCCGCCCUUCGCUCAGCUGUACGCAUUCGAGCUGUUGUACGACGACGAGGCCAACGCCUACAGCAUGCGGGUGAUGCGCGGCAACCCCGGGCAGACGCCCGAGACGAACUACGAGUUUGCCUGGGAUGACUUCACGCUGAAGUGCAUGGACAGCAACGGCGCUGUCUACGAGGCUGCGAACAACACCUGCCCUUUCUAUGACUUUCAGCGCUUCGUGGACUCCUCCAAGCCAACGGACCCCGCUGGGCUGUGCUACCUCGACGACCGGUACAAGAGCCUGCUCAAGUGCCCAGCGAAGGACGGGGAAGUUGACAGCAGCGAAUGCCGGAACUACCGGGCACUGUGCCCUGCGUGGGCGUGCGACGCUGACUCUACGCUGGACCCGGUGACGCUGCAGUGCAAGUGCAGUGCUGCGUCGUGCAUGGGUGUGGGUGGUGGAGGCAGCGGUGGCGCUUCCAACGCCGCCGACAACAGGGGACUGGCUGUGAGUGCGGGUGCGGCGGCUGGCAUUGCAAUUGCGACCUUCGCUGUUGGAGUGCUCCUGGGGUUGUUUGGUGUAUUUGUUUGGGCGCGGUGUUCAAAGGAGAAGGAUGCUGAAUGCAUAAUUGAACUCAUGUAG